GGCACAGGUCUCUCUUUUUUCGAACCUUGUUAUGCAGGCCUUUUCCUGCUCACGUUGCACAACAGUCUCAAAGCAGGUCGCCUCCAACUCUUGGGUUUUUGCUCUUGUUGGGUGUUGGCAUCCCGCGUGCAAAGACUUGUCUCGUUUGUGCCCAAGAUGACUUACGAGGACCAACGGGCUCUCAAGGAGCCUUUGAUCUCAGAGAAGGAAGAGCACCUGGACAAAGAUGAAGGCAUCCUAUCCCGCCGCUCUCUUCGAGAGGCGAACAAACAAUUUGUGCUCAAGUCACUCUCAUCGCUAAGACCAGCGCAUCUCUACAGACUCGGCAAGAGGUUCGCCUACGCGCUGACGCCCCAGCUGGUCCGUACGUACGUCUGGGAUGAAAAAGCACCAAAAUCCAAGGUCUUUCCCACCAGCUACCUCAAUGGAUUGCGAGGAAUGGCAUCAGUCAAAGUCUUCACCUUCCAUUACACACACUUCUACAGCGAUUCCACGACCGCCGCAUGGGGCGUCGACGAACACCACAAGUACUUUCUGGAGUUGCCGAUAAUUCGAUACUUCUACGCGGGCACGACCGCCCAUGUCUUCUUCGGAUGCGCUGGUUAUCUGACCACGCUCCGACUUGCUCAGCAAAUGGACAAGCAAGAUCCCGUGUCGAGGGCCAAAGUGCUCGUCAACGUUUCUGGGGCUCUCUUCCGCCGAGCCCUCAGACUGUACCUGCCAACGCUCAUCAUCACGUUCAUCACCACCCACUUUAUCUACUUUGGCCUGUACGAGCAGAACCGAGAGUACUUCGGUGACAAGAAGCUGUUCCCGGGACCAUUCUAUGAACCACGACCCAAACAGUACCCGACGUACUACGAGCAGCUCCACAACUGGGCUCACGAGAUGAUCAAACUGAGCGACAUCUUCCAGUAUGGCUACAGACCCGAGCACGACUGUCAUCUGUGGUCUAUCUUGGCCGAAAUGCAAGGCUCUCUGCUAAGCUACCUGAUCAUGAUCGCGACUGCUCAGUGCCGACACCACAUCCGUCUCGCGGUCAUGUGUGUCAUGCUCUUCAUGCUCUUUCUCUGGAAUCGAUGGGACAUUUGCGUCUACAUUCUCGGCGGAAUCGUCGGGCAAGUGGACGCCAUUCUGAUCGAGAGGGAUCAACAGAAGAAAAUGACACUGAGUCCGGAAAGUCCGGUUGUAUCGACUUUCGCCGAGUCGGGCAAGAUGGCCACUGCCUUGUCUCGAUUCCGGGCGACGCCGCAUUCCGUUCUCAGCAUCAGCGGCUACUUGGUAUCUUUCUACCUCAUGUCCUACCCUACGUGGGGCUAUGGGUCAAAGGCUUUUGGAUACCAAACGCUCAACAAGUUCAUUCCUCCUGGUAUGGCGAUGCCUGAAAAGUUCUACCCGGUCAUCGGCACAGGAUUGCUUCUCUUCAUGCUUGCUCGUUCUGAUCCCAAGACGUCGGUCUGGAGGAGGCUCCUGAACACCGAUCUGUUCGCCUAUCUGGGCAAGGUGAGCUUCGCGCUGUACCUACUUCAUGGUCCUAUCCUCCACGGCAUCGGCUAUAUGAUCCCUCACUAUAUUUGGUGGUCGUUUGGCGUACAGGGAACCGAAGUAGGCGAUAUCCCGUGGACGGUGGCCAUCGUCACCGGGUGGGCAAUCGGUCUCGGCAUGUGCCUUUGGGCCGCUGAUGUGUGGUCUCGCGAGGUCGAGGGUCGGUGUACCAAGGUUGUGAAGAAGCUGGAAGACUUUUGUUUCGUCAAGGCCUAGCGCUCUGAUGUCGUUCGUAAAUGCUUCUCUUUUAUUGUAGCUAUGACGAAGAUUGUAUUUAGC